CGAACUACUUUUCAUUACUUGGAUAUAGAAUAACAAGAUUUCAGUCAUAACUUAUGACUAAAUGAAAAAUUUAGCCACUAAUAAUUAUUAUUUAAUUUAAGCGAGUUUAAAUUUUUGGGAUACUACAGUAACAGUUAGGUCGGUCAAUCAUUAUGAAUUUAAGGUUUACUAAUUGGUUGUAGCCAUUGACUAAUAAAUGCAAAGAAUUCUUGAGUGACCCCAUGCUAGGCAGACUAGAGGAAAUUCUUCUUAAUUACCACACGAUUCUCGAAAGGAGGCCUCAAAAAUAAAAAAAAUAAAAACAUAUACUACCUCCGUUUCUUAGUAAGUGCAACACUUUUCUUAUUUGGACUAGUCACAGACUCACAGUAAGUGCAACCAACCUUAAAAUCGUAAAAACAAAAAGUUAAAUAUUAUUGCAAAUAUGCCACCAAGAAGCAAGAGGAGACAACAACUUGAUUGCUCGAUCACUUUAAUUACCUUACUUUACUGUGGAUUGUGUUACCAACUUUCUCUCUCUACAUUUCUUGGUAUUUUCGCACUUUUUUAUGUUAUACUUCCUCCGUUUUUCAAUAAGUGACACGUUUUUUAUUACAUCUUUGCCAUCAUUUAAUUCUUUCACCUACCUACUUUAUCGAAUACUCAAAUUUGUUUAGUUGAACAAGUGGUUCCAACUUUCUCUCUUUAGGCUCCUUGAUAUUCCCUCACUUUCUCUCUGUGUCACUUAUUAAAAAACGGAGGAAAUACUUAUUAAGAAACGAAGGAAGUAUAAAUGAAGAGAAUUUUUGCAAGACUUAAAUACUUAGCCGCAGUGUUAAACUAAUUGGUAUGACGUUAACUCUUAUUAUUGUGAGACUAUCUUAGGCUAUGCUCAGUUCACCUUAUUUUUGUUUAUUUCAGAUCUAAUCAGAUCAGAAAAAAUAAGUUCAGAUCAGAUCAGAUCAGUUCAGAUCAUGCUUAUAUUUAAAAAUCAUUAUUACUAUUGAAUAUCUAUCAUUACAUAUUAGUAAAAAUUGCAAUAAUUGAAUAUUAAUAAAGUACUCAUUGAGACGAAUCAAACGAGACCCCACAUGACUAUAUUUUUUCUUAGAUAUUGAGAAAAAUCUAAAAGAUAAGAUCAUGUAAAUCAGAUCAAAUCAGUUCAGAUCAGAACAGAACAGAAAAAAUAAAUUUAGAUCAGAUUAUAUAAGUUCAGAUCAGAAAAUUUCAGGUGAACUGAACAUAGCCUUACUCGAGACUAGCUCUAAAUAUAAAUAGAUUUGAUAUAGAUACUUUCCCAAGAUUCAUUCGUUAUAAAAGUCAGAAAACCCAAAAAGUCCAAAUAUUGUGCUAAUUGAAAUUUCAGUGAAAGAUACAUGCCAACAACAAAAUGCAAUGGUCAAUGAAACAGAGACUUUGGCAUUUAACUUUCCUAGUUUCCUGUCACAAUAAACUGCACCGUUUCUCGAUCGUAUACUAAUUAACUAACUAACUGCUGAUUAUUGUUUCCAUAACUACUUUUGUUCCCGGCAACAAAGAUUCUGCAACAUGGAUGUCCUUUUCCCCUGAAUUGUUCUUUAAUCUUUUAUCAUUAGUUUAACGGAAUUUUUUUCUCUUAUAAUGCAAAGGCCGGCAAUAAAGUCUUCCUCCCAUACACGAUCACAUGCUAGAGGCGUAUAGCUACCUAUGCCUGCUUUAUUUCUGCUUUCUGACAACUUUCCUUAGCUUGUUGAUCAUGGAAAACUCUGUUUCUUCAUCCCCAAACCGAGUCAUCUCCCCAUCAAAAUCGAAGACGGACGCGGAUGAUCUUGCCGAGGAGAGCGGGUGGACGCAGUAUGUUGAAGAUUUCUCGGCAUAUAAUAAAGAAGGUGGUGCUUAUACGCAACAGGAAAACCACAGUUAUUCAGGCUGUUGUUCCAGUUUUGUGAGUACUGCUUCCAUGGUCUCUGAUGCAGGUUCAGGCCCUGAAUGGAAAAAGAAAAAUAUCAAUAAUUUGGCUUCAGCUGCUGUGUGUUCUUCUAUUGGUGGUUUACCUAAUAUGCCUAAGAGAUUAAAUUUCAAGAACAAGAGAGCCCAAGAGAUUCCUUUUGAUGACUCUCUCGAAGAUACGGCUUCCUCUCCCGUCAAUAGCCCCAAGAUCACUAUGUGCUUCAAGAGAAUGGACAUAAAUUCCCGAAAGAUGGACAACGACAGUGGAAGUCACAUGGCCAACGAAAUUUCAAUUGAUCAACAUGUGGAAUACGAUGAUAUAAAUAGCGAGCAUAACCUCAAUAAUUCUUUUCACAAUCAUAUAGAAUAUGUCGACCUGAAGAAGAGAGGCUUACGCCUAGUCCCGAUAUCUAUGAUCACGGGCUAUCUCGAUUGAUAUGUUUUUGUAUCAACUCUCUCCCUAGGGUAAUAUCAGAUAUAAUAAGUUUAACUCAAUACUUUUAUGCUUUUUAUAGAUUGUAUUUAUGACAUGUAAUUACCAUUGCAUUACAAUAUAUGAAGUUAAACAAUAUAAUUGUCUUACUCCUAAUAUUUAUAUUAUCUAGCAGAGAAUAAAAUGUACUAUAUGGAACAUGAUUGAAUAGGUCUUCCUAAAUCAAUCUUGAAUGACAUGGACACAUAGAUUCUCCUA